GGUCUCUUCUCUUCUCCUUUGCCUAUUCUCAAGCACAUCGCUGGCUUCUACGCGACGUAAGCAGUGUAGUGUAUACCAUAGCUUCCCAACGCCAUGGCCUCAGCAUCUUCAACACUGAUAUCGGUCUCCCGCUCCGCUGAACUCACAACAACGGCACCUGCGACAAGCAUGACCGGUUCGCCUGUUACUCAACCUUCCUCUACACCUGAAUAUGACAACGGUGUUUCGGCAGUCCCGACACAAGUCGUUGUUGGCAUUGCGGUUAGUGCGGUUGCAGGGCUGGCAGUGCUAGUAGCCGUUAUUAUAUUUUUUGUGAGGAGGGCUGCAACGAAGACGCGGAAGGGGAGGGUUAUGCGGGUUGAGGUGGGAAAGAUGGUGGAUGAUGUGGACGAUGAAUCUGUUCUAUCUGGUUGUGGGAAGGAGGUGGGGAGAUGAGGAGGAAGGAGGUGCGAGAAUAUUUGAGUAUCAUUUAUAACAAGUGUGAAGGGAGGAAGACGCUGUUAAGAAAGCACUCUGAGGUUAUAACAUGCGAAGUACGCAUGAGUUUAAGAAAUUUAUAAUUUGUAAUUGUCUCCGUA